CAACAGGAGCAACAGCGAGAGCGUCCACAACCCAUCACCACCCUCCUCUUCCCCCCACCCCGUGGCUGGCGUCCCCCCGAUCCCCAAAUCCACUCCUCGCCCCCAUGGACCACCACCACCACCACCACCUCACGCCGCCGCCGUCACCGAUGGAGAACACGGCGACGGGGGCGUCCUCCAAGCCGCCGACGCCGGCGUCCACGCCCAACUCGCGGCUCGCCUCGGGGGCGCCCUCCUCCCGGCCCUCCGCCACGCCAUCGCACGCCUCCACGGCCGCAUCCGCGCCCACGCCGGCCUCCCGGACCGUCUACAGCGACCGCUUCAUCCCCAGCCGCACCGGAUCCAACCUCGCGCUCUUCGACCUAGCCCCCUCGCCGUCGUCCUCCCACGACGCCGCGGCAAGUGGACCCACCGCCUCCUCCGGAUCUGCGCCCCCCACGUCGCCGUACUGCGCGCUCCUCCGCGCCGCGCUCUUCGGGCCCGACACGCCCGACCGGGUCGCGUCCUCGGCCACCGCGUGCUCCUCCUCCUCCUCCGCGGGGGCGUCGGCGGUGGGCACCCCUGCGACGGGGAACAUCUUCAGAUUCAAGGCGGAGGUGCCCCGGAACGCCAAAAGGGCGCUAUUUUCCGGCGAGGACGAGGAGGACGCGCUGUUCCCCGGCAUUUUCACGAGGAGGGGCGCCGGGCCGAGGAAGAUCCCUAGGUCACCCUACAAGGUGCUGGAUGCGCCCGCAUUGCAGGAUGACUUCUACCUCAACCUCGUUGAUUGGUCGUCACAUAACGUCCUUGCUGUCGGGUUGGGCAAUUGUGUUUACUUGUGGAAUGCAUGCAGCAGCAAGGUCACCAAGCUAUGUGAUUUGGGGUUGGAUGACAAUGUUUGUUCUGUGGGGUGGGCGCAGCGUGGCACCCACCUAGCUGUAGGGACAAAUCAAGGAAAAGUUCAGAUAUGGGAUGCAACCCGCUGUAAAAGAAUAAGAACGAUGGAAAGCCAUCGCAUGCGUGUAGGUGCUCUUGCGUGGAGUUCCUCAUUGCUUUCUUCUGGAAGUCGCGACAAGAGCAUCCUCCACCAUGAUAUCCGUGCUCAAGAAGAUUACGUUAGCAAGCUUACCGGGCAUAAAUCUGAGGUUUGUGGGCUCAAGUGGUCUUACGACAAUCGCCAGCUUGCAUCUGGUGGCAAUGACAACAGACUUUUUGUUUGGAAUCCACAUUCAGUACAACCUGUACUGAAGUAUACUGAGCACACGGCAGCUGUCAAAGCUAUUGCCUGGUCACCCCAUCUCCAUGGUCUGCUUGCAUCUGGUGGAGGAACCGCAGAUAGAUGCAUACGAUUUUGGAAUACGACCACAAAUACACACUUGAGCUGUGUGGACACUGGCAGUCAGGUCUGCAAUCUCGUGUGGUCGAAGAACGUAAAUGAGCUUGUUAGCACCCAUGGAUACUCUCAGAACCAAAUAAUUGUUUGGAGAUAUCCAACAAUGUCUAAGCUUGCCACUUUGACAGGCCAUACAUACAGAGUAUUGUAUUUAGCUAUUUCCCCUGAUGGACAGACCAUAGUUACUGGUGCUGGGGAUGAAACACUCCGGUUUUGGAACGUGUUCCCCUCUCCAAAGUCCCAGAGUUCUGACAGUUUAAGUUGCAUAGGAGGAACAUCAUUUGUUAGAAGCUACAUCCGGUGACACUGAAAUGUAGCUUUCUUGAGCUCGUAAGUUUAUUGCAGCAUAUGUUGAUGAUCAUCGACAUUAUUUCAUUUGCAACACCCAUGCCACCAGGUCAUCAACCAUGAAAGCUGGCCAAUUUUUUGAGAUGGCACCACGCAAUGCGAUGAACUGGCUUGCGAAUCCAGGCAUGGCUCUUUUGAUGAGAGUGUACAUAUUUAUCAGCGCAAUGGUGCUGUAGGAGUGAACAUUGCUGAGGCUUCUGAGCAUCAGCAUUGUUCCAAUUGAUAAGAAUACGCCCUCUUGUUUUUGCUCCCUUUGCGAGUCAAACCUCGGCCUGGAGCUGUUUCUGUAAUGUGCUAGGAGUUAACCUAUUGAAAACAUUUACUAACUCAUGACGCCCAUUUCAUCCAUGUUCUCAUGCUGUAAAAUGAGACUAUUCUGGUUCUUCAGAUUCAUUGUUACUGUCUUGAAAAGGAGGACAGAUUUGCCCUGUAUUCGCUUGUUUCACAUUCAGAUCCAUCAAUAAAUAAUGUGUUCAUUA